AGGCCAGGUCAUUGUGACGUAAACGCUAUGGACACGUGGAACACCUGCGGGAGAGCAGGGGUGGGGUCACCCAGAGCGGUAGAUCCGAGCAGGGGAUACCCCAGGAGAUGGGGGUCGAGGAAAGUCCCCAGGGAGGAGAGAGAGAGGGAGGUUCACCCCCCUCAUCCCGGACCCGCCCCCCAAGAGAAAAAAGAAGAAGAAGAAAACAUGUCAGGACACAAAUGCAGUUAUCCCUGGGACUUACAGGAUCGAUAUACUCAAGAUAAGUCUGUAGUAAAUAAGAUGCAGCAGAAGUAUUGGGAAACGAAGCAAGCCUUUAUUAAAGCCACAGGGAAGAAAGAAGAUGAGCAUGUUGUUGCCUCUGAUGCAGACCUGGAUGCCAAGCUAGAGCUGUUUCACUCGAUUCAGAGAACCUGUUUGGACUUGUCUAAAGCAAUUGUACUCUAUCAAAAGAGAAUAUGUUUCUUGUCUCAAGAAGAAAACGAACUGGGAAAAUUUCUCCGAUCCCAAGGCUUCCAAGACAAAACCAGAGCAGGAAAGAUGAUGCAAGCAACGGGAAAGGCCCUCUGCUUUUCUUCCCAGCAAAGGUUGGCCUUGCGAAAUCCAUUGUGUCGAUUUCACCAAGAAGUGGAGACUUUUCGGCACCGGGCCAUCUCAGACACUUGGCUGACGGUGAAUCGCAUGGAGCAGUGCCGGACUGAAUACAGAGGGGCAUUAUUAUGGAUGAAGGAUGUGUCACAGGAGCUUGAUCCAGACCUCUACAAGCAAAUGGAGAAGUUCAGGAAGGUACAAACACAAGUACGCCUUGCCAAAAAAAGCUUUGACAAAUUGAAGAUGGAUGUGUGUCAAAAAGUGGAUCUUCUUGGAGCAAGCAGAUGCAAUCUGUUGUCUCAUAUGCUAGCAACAUACCAGACCACUCUGCUUCAUUUUUGGGAGAAAACUUCUCACACUAUGGCAGCCAUCCAUGAGAGCUUCAAAGGUUACCAACCAUAUGAAUUCACUACGUUAAAGAGCUUACAAGACCCUAUGAAAAAGCUGAUUGAGAAAGAAGAAAGGAAGAAGGUCACCCAGCAGGAAAGUUCAGAGGCCACGGUGGAGGAGCCGAGUCAGUUAAUUUCAUUAGAGGAUGAAAACCAACGCAAGGAAUCCUCUAGUUUUAAGACUGAAGAUGGAAAAAGCAUUUUAACUGCCUUAGACAAAAGCUCUACACAUAAUGCAUGCUCAGAUGAACUAUUAGGCAUGAAACCCGAGGAAGGUGCUUGCCUGGGCCCAGUGGCGGGGACCCUAGAACCCGAGGGUGCUGACAAAGAUGACCUGCUUCUGUUGAGUGAGAUCUUCAAUGCUUCCUCCCUGGACGAGGGUGAGUUCAGCAAAGAGUGGGCUGCCGUGUUUGGAGACGGCCGGCCGAAGGAGCCAGUGCCCACUGUGGCCGCCGGAGAGCCAGACCCCAGACCCCAGGCAGGCUCAGGAUUCCUUCCUUCACAGCUUUUAGACCAAAACAUGAAAGACUUACAGGCCUCACUCCAAGCCAUCAAUUGAAUGUCUACGGAACUUAAAAUGACAGGAAAAAAAAAAAAAAGUGGCACCUAAGUGUUUGAAAGAGGAAGCUCAUUCAGCCUCUCUCACACCUAUGGACUCCCAGCAGGUACUCCCAGAAUUCCACCACUGGUGCUGCCUGAAUUCAAGGAACCUUCAAAACAGAUGUGGUACAAAUAAAGAACAGCCCCCCUGCUUUGAUGAUUGAUCAUGUAAUCCAGUUACAACCACAGUCUAUGCUUUUAUGAGGACUUUCACCCUAAAAAAGAGGAAAAGAUGAAUAUUGGCUGUAGAUUUUUUUUUUAUUACGUCUAUCGUUCUAGAAAAUGCAUCUACAUACAUGAAUUGCAAAAGCAUCUAAGUAACUGUUAAACUUCUGACACCUCAUAUUGGAACUGCUUCCCCUGAUUAUCCAGAUCAUCUCAAAACCCAAAUUUAAAUAAACAACUGAAAAGUCAAACACAACAUGGAGUACAAAGGCCCAUUGGCAUGUUGGCUUAGUGAAAGAAGCAGUGGUAGAGAGUUGACGUAACCUAAUCCUCACCACACCCUUCCUAGUCAGGUACUAUCAUCAUCUCCAUCAUAGAGCCCAGGAAACUGAGGAACAGAGCAGCUACGUAAUUUGCCUGAGAUCAUACAUCUGAUAGGAGAGAGAGAGAUAGUGAACCUGAGCCAUCUGCCUCCAGAGUCUAUGCCUUUCACCUUUCCCUUCUGGCUGCCUCUCUGUACCAAGUCUUUGAUGGCAAAUGUGACUCCUCAGUGGGUUCCUUCAGGCCUCUCUGUGGAUGCUUCCAGAGGAGCAGGACUUAUAAUAUGAUUAGCCUGGCCCUGGGUUUCCUGGACACACACACAGACCAAGGACAGGUGGUUGCCAUGAAGGAGGAAUGUGCAUGUGGAGAGGCAGGGUCCCUGUCAACCACAAAAAUCAGAUGAUGUUCCAGAAUAGAAUAUUUGAAAUCGAGAUUGUCUAUAGAAUCUUCGCCUGUGCUAGCAGCCACCCACAUCUUCCCUGAAGCGCAUUCCUGCUAGUCUCAACCACCGCUGUCCUGGUUCUCUGUGAGGUCCAAGUGGGGCUGCAUCCUCAGGAUCAGAGUGUCAUGAGAACUUUGGGAAUGCUCCAGGCUUGGGGAGCAGCAAACUCUGCUCUUCCACAGGCUGCAUUUCCCUCCCACUCUCCCCUCCUCCCUUCUCCUUCACCUCUUCUGUCUUCUCCCCUCCUUAUCUCCCCAUCUUCCUCUGCCUCCUUCCCUCCUUUCUUUGUCCUCUUUCCUCAUCCAUUCCCCUGUGCUCUGGGGAGCAGAAAGGAAGGGGGAUUUAGUAAGAUAACAAUUGCAUUUUCCUCUGCUCCCCACUUCAACUUCAUGCUCUGGGAGAGCCAAACAAAGCAACUUACAUUUAGGAUUAAGUUGGGCUGAACAUUUGAAAGAGGAGUUAAUUUUAUGUAGGAUUUCUAAGAGUUUCUGAAGUUACCAGCAUAAUAGGGGCUGGAAUUUCUUGUGUCAUACAGGGAGGAGAAAAUAGUGCCUUCCUAAGGCCUCUUAAAGGGAGUAGAAAGAGAGCUAGCCAGAGGGGGUUGCCCAAGGUAGAGAUGAGGUGAGGCUGAUAAGCCUCAUUUGACAUUCUUCUCCAUUCUCCACCAAUAUCCCAAAUUUAAUUUAGAAAUAGACACUGAUACUGAAAAGACUACCAUCUGCUCAAAAUAAAUGCACCAGGACAUCUUGUGAUUUAGGAUUCUGCAAACCAAAGUUAGGAGUUUUGUUCCACAUUCUCACAAAUGUACAGCCCUGUGUUCCUUCUGGAUAGUCUUUUGUUUUAUACCAUGCCUAGGUGCUAUUGCCAUCUGGGUGGGUUUCUAUUUAAGGCUAAUGUAAUGCCAAGCUUUGCAUUAUCUCAAAUUCACCUUUCCUCAAACUGAGCUCGCCUCUUGCCAUUCCUGGCUUAGCCUGGUUCCAGAUAACGUAUUUCUGGGGCUCAAAGGAUAUGAAGGAGAAGACUGUGGUGUGCAGUUAGAGUUUAAUGCAGUGUGGGUAGUUUCAACACGAGCCAGUGGAAUUUUUGUUCCAUCAAAGAAGCAGCUUGUUGAGGAGCAUCUGUAGGUCUUGGAUAUGUGCAGAAUUUAAGUGCCUCCUUUAGUCCAUGGAAGGGGCCUUGAUGACCAUCUAUUCCACCCCCAUUUAGUAUAUGAGGAAAUCAUGGAUUCCCACACAGGUCUUGUGACUUGCCAAGUUGUUGGAGUUUUAUAUCCAUCAUUUAUAUAAUUUCUCAACUCCUCAGGUUGGCUUACAAGGUCCUUUAGGACCUGACCCCAGUCCCACUGCUGCCUGCACUUCCCACACCUUUACUUAGCACGACUUAACAACAUUGUUUUGUUGGAGAAACAUGUAUUAUGUCAGUAAGCUGGACUCCAGCCAUAUCGAACUUGAGUGAGCCUGGCUCUACCCACCACUGGGCUCUGGUACGCAUUCUCGCUCCUCCUUAGAGCACGUCACCCACCUACACACCCAUGAUGCUUGCUUUCCCUGGUUAAGUUCUCAUCCUUCUGGUUCUCAGCUUCAAUGUCAUUUCAUACACAGAGCCUUCCAUGACUUCCUCUUCCUCCCAGCAGUCCAGGUUAGAUGUUUCUGCCUCCAUUCCCUUUGCACCCGGUAUACUCACUCAUUCCCAUUCUCUCACAUCAUUGUAAGAUUGGUCUAAUUUUCUGUCUCUUGCUUUUGGUUGUCAUGGGCAGGGCCCAUGUUUGUGUUGCUCACCAUCAUAUUUCCAGAACAUGGCUGAGUGCCUGGAAUACAGUAGAUGUUCAAAAAAGACUGGGUGGAUGGAGGGAUGACAAGAAGGGAGGGAGAGAGCAGCAGACAUUGAAUCACUAGAUUAAAAGAAAACAACCCUCAGCUAAUCUCAGGGGUUGUUCCUCGUGCUUGCUGAGCUGGACUAAAAUUCAGAUUCAGCUUAGAUUUGUUGAUGGCCUGCUCUCUAGCCUCUCUACUCUCUCGUUUCACCUACAAGAUCCUGUCUUAUUCAACAACCACCACCUACGAGGCAGGAAUUUUUACCCACCCUUUGCAGAGAUGGAAACUGGGGCUCAGUACGGGAAAUAUGGAUGGCUGGGUGGUGCUUGGCCACCAUGGCUGUGGUGUUCCCACUUUCCCUUUCCCUGCCAACCCCACCCCAGAGCCCCCCACGCUAUGAUCAUCAACCCAGCCUGGGCUUUUGCUCUCCCAGCUAGUGACAUUACAUUCAUGGUAAAGUGCUCCUCUGGAUGGUGUUAUUUUGGCUUCACUUGCUGCUCUAGCUGGCCAGUGUUAUUUCUGGCUGAUUUAUAUUUUCCCUUAUGUAAGUAAAGGGGGCAGGAUUGCUCCAAUAAAAUUUCAUAUGUGUUUCCUGCAAAUGGGGAGCACAGUUGACAUAUCAAAGGCACUGUGAGCUAGGAUAAUCAUUUUGCUCACAGAGCUCUCAGCUCUUGCUCUGCGGCCCCCACCCUUCACCACCCUCUCCUGACACAAUUACUCUGACAUGGGGAGACAUCUUUCUAGCCACACCUUCGUGUUAAAAACGCCUCAGCUAGCUAACACCAACUAGAGAAGAGUUGAUGGCAAUUACAGGAAUAUUAGCUACACGAAGUUCUCUUUAAAUAGCAUUUUUUUUUUCCUGACAGAAGCCAAGACCUUUGAAAUCUGGCUUGGCAUUCGAUCCAUAAUUACCCUCAUUGCACCCCUCCCCUGAAUAAUUCCCAAAGUGAUAUGAGUGAGGGUGACAUUGCAGCUGAGUUUAUAUUUUCUUUUCUUUCUGUUUUAGCCAGUGUCCCAGCCAUACUAUUUUCUCCCCCUCGUGCACAUAAGUGUGUUAGACUUCUGCUUAAUAGCUGUUCUGAGGGAACAAUAUGACUUGGCAGACUGGCUGUUGCUUCUGCUCCACACUGUGGGACAAGAGAAUAGGGAGAGCCUGUGUCUUUGUGAAAACUCUGAGGUAUGUUGUCCCCAUCAUCUUAGACUCCAAUGAGGGGAUGUCAUCAGACUCCUCGUCCUUCGUUUCCUCUGCUCCAGAGAAGCCCCCAAAUCCAUAGAUUCUAGAUGUUGCCUGUAUGAUCAUGAGUGUUUAGGUGAGCAAUAUUCCAAAACCCACAGUUACAAAUGAAUCCAAUUAACAGACAUGUAUUGUCUUUAUAAAGGAAUAUGCCAUUAUAAUCCAAUAGGCUUGAAAAAUGAUUUAUAUUUCUGGUACUUUUAAAAUAUGAUUUGAUAUACAGACAUUUUAUUUAUUUAUAACUUUUCGGGAACAUGCCCAUUACAUAAAGUGAGGGGAGCUCGGUUUUGACAUGUAGAUUUAUUUCUGCCUCCUUUAGGAAUGUGUUCCAUUUUAUACUCUAAAAAAAAUACAAUGCUUCCAACCUGC